CACAACACAAAUAUUGUUGCUUUUUUAGCUGUGUGCGCGCGUACGUGUGUGUGUGUGUUCGUGUGUGCGUGUGAAUGAGAAGCACAACACAAAAAGGAAAGCAGAAGCACUCGUCGCAGCAGAAAUACACAAAAUAAAAGAAAAAAAAUGUGCGCCAGCCAAAGGCAACAACAACAGCAGCAGCAGAUGAUGUAAACUUAUUGCUGUAAGCAGAGCGGCUUUAAUAGAAACUAAAACUUCAAAAAAAACAAAAAAUAAAAACCAAAAACUUUAAUUUUGAGAGUGAGAGUGAGAGUGAGAGUGUGCAGAAAGCUUUUUCAAAAUGCCGGAAACGGAGUACGAGUGUUGCAACAAAGAGUGGCUGCAAUCGAAGCUUAGAGCCAGCUACGAUGCCGAGGAGCUGAUCAUACUCGAUUGUCGUGGCUCCCAUGAGUAUAGCGAAUCGCAUAUACGCAGUGCCGUUAACUUUAGCAUACCCAGCAUAAUGCUGCGACGUCUGGCUGCGGGUAAAAUUGAUUUGGCCAGCACGAUCAAAUCGCCGGAGCUGAAGGAGCGCAUUGAGAAAUGCUACAGUCUCAGUUUGUUUAUACUCUACAAUGAUGUGGGCGUGCUGCAGGAGCAGCAGCCAGAGCAGCAGCAGCAGCAGCAGCAGCAGCAACAGGACAUGGCCAUGGCUAUGUUUGGCAAUGGCAAUGACGCUAUUAAUGCCAUUAGUGUACUGCAUCGUCGUCUCAAGCAGGAUGGCUGCCGUGUAGUUUCGCUGCAAGAUGGUUUUUCCAGUUUUCGUCAAGCAUUUCCGGAAUGGUGCGAAGAUGAUAAUCAAGCACACACUAAAGAAAUGGAAUCUAGUCGCAAUGCACAGGCCGAUCAGCUUAUGGGUCUAAGAUCGCUGCGCAUCUCUACGCCACAUUCCGAUUCGGCUUGCAGCAGCUCCGCCGAGUCCUCGGACUGUGAGAGCACCACACAUCAUCAUCAUCAUCAUCAUCAUCAUAGUUUCAAUGAGGCGCCCGUGGAGAUUAUACCGCAUCUAUUCCUAGGCAAUGCCACGCACAGCUGCGACUCGAAUGCUUUGCAAAAAUACAAUAUUAAGUACGUUUUGAAUGUCACACCAGAUUUGCCAAAUGAGUUUGAAAACUUGGGCAUUAUCAAGUAUCUGCAAAUACCCAUUACCGAUCACUAUUCCCAGGAUCUGGCCAUGCAUUUUCCAGCUGCCAUACACUUUAUAGAGGAAGCGCGCUCUGCAAAUUCGGCAGUGCUGGUCCACUGCCUGGCGGGCGUUUCACGCUCCGUGACGGUGACGCUCGCCUAUUUGAUGCACACGCGUGCGCUCAGCCUGAACGACGCUUUCAUGCUGGUGCGCUCCCGCAAACCGGAUGUGUCGCCCAACUUCCACUUUAUGCAGCAGCUACAGUCCUUUGAGUCCCAGCUGCGGCUUAGUCCCUGCGCUGGCCAGGCCAUGGACGAAAGCGGCAGCGACGCCGGCUGCUCAUCGGCCAAUCAAAGUUUGGUUGCCGCUCGCUGCGGUCGCGGCUCUAAAUUCUCUUGCAAUUGCAUUGCCGCCGAUUGCAAGUGCAUGCAAACUGGCGGAUUUAUUGCUGCGCAUUUGGCCAAGGCAACGGGCGUCUCACCCGAUUCGGGCAUUGAAUUCGACCGCUGGACACCAUCCUCGGAUACGGGGCUUAAAUGAGAUCAGCUUGUGGGUAAGAGUUUCGUGCUGCCGCCCAGUCUAUGUCAGGAUCUAACAACAGCCUGCAGCAGUGGCUCUCCGCCGCCCAAUGGCUCCGACAAUAUAUCGCCGGCAAGCACCACCAGCAGCUCCACCUCCACUACGACCACAGCCGAGGCAGUCUCUGUGGUUGAGGUGGUCUUGGCCAAUGCUGUCGAAGCCAUGGCCGAGGAGACGCAGCUCUAAACUCUUAUGCCCAAGUUUGGAACUCACACACACACACACACACAUAUAUAAAUAUAUAUAAAACAUAAUAUUAAACUACUUAUACAUAUAAAUUGUAGUUAAUUUGUUAAGUCUAACACAGAAAUGAGAAAAAUUGUUUAAAUGAUUUGUAAACGCAGCAAAUUUUAACCUUAUUCACACACAAUUGCGCAUAAAUAUGCAUAA